GUUAUUCCCAUAGGGUAUUCUGGAAUGUGCGGUGGUAGAGUGGCUGGUAAUGGGCUUAAAUAAAAUCAAACAAUUCCCUCCCCAGUUGAAUAUGGCAAUGUUUCAAUUAAAACUCAUUUGUUAAACCCAUAUGCAUUGUCAACCACUGCUGUCUUACUUGAAUCAGGAAUCAUUUCAUGCCAAUCUUCCCAAUUUUCUAUGCUUUUAAACCUUGUCCUCACCAUCAUCUAAGUUGUUAAUAAUCUUUUCAAGCCCCUCUGUAUGCACAUAACUAGGUGUUCAGACCAGCUCACGCACAUAUCACCAAUCAAUCUAUGCUAAGAUCCCCACCACCACCACCACCAAGAUAGAAGAAAAAAUGUUGGGAACAGUUUCAGAGGAGAUUGAAGUAAAUGUGUCGGCAAGCCAAGCUUGGGAACUGUAUGGCACUCUCCAACUUACCAAGUUCGCGGGAGAAGAGCUCACUAAUGUUGUUGACAAAAUUGAGAUAGUACAAGGCGAUGGUGGAGUUGGGACCAUUCUCAACUUAGUAUUUCCACCAGGGACACCCGGAUUUUUGUCUUAUAAGGAGAAGUUUACAAAGGUUGAUGAUGAGAAGAGAGUGAAGGAAGCGGAGGUGAUUGAAGGAGGAUAUCUUGAUUUAGGAUUCACUCUGUAUCGGGUUCGAUUUGAAAUAAUAGAGAAAGGGGAGGAGAAUUGCAUUACCAGAUCCACAAUUGAAUAUGAUGCCAAGGAAGACGCUGCUGCUAAUGCCUCCUCCAUGAUCAGCAUCCAACCUUUUGUCUUGCUUAUGGAAGCUGCCUCCAAUUAUCUCACUAGGAACAACAAAAAAAAAGCAUAAUUAAAUGAAUAAAAUGUAAUUAAAUUUAAUUAAGGUUGAUAUAUAUGCAUGCAUUCAUGCACAAGCAUGCACUUUGAUAUCUUCAAAUCCAAUCUGUGUUACUCCUUCCCCAUGUUAUAGUGAUGUUAUUGUAUAAGUUCUGAAAUUCUUGUUUGUUUGUUGUACUGUUGUUGUUAAAGAGUUUUUAUCAGAAGCUAAUUUCUCAA